AUGGAGAGGACAAGCAGCGUUAGAAGGGCCAUGGCCAGGCAACAUAAAGGAGAAGUCAUGAUUGCUGGAGAACAACUCAGGUUGAGACUACAUGAUGGAAAACUGAUCAAGGACCGACGCUACCACCUGCGCACCUAUCCGAACUGCUUUGUGGCACAGGAACUUAUAGACUGGCUCGUGAGCCAUAAGGAAGCUCCAGAUCGAGCUACAGCUGUCUGCCUCAUGCAGCACCUCAUGGAUCAUGACAUCCUUCACCACGUCUGUGACAAGAGGUCAGUAUUAAAGGAUGCCAAACUGCUGUACCGGUUCCGCAAGGAUGACGGCACAUUUCCCUUCAAUACAGAGGUGAAAAUCUUCAUGAGAGGACAACGUCUCUUUGAACAUCUAAUAGGGGACAAGAACUCCAUUCUGCAGUUAAGAGAGGAGCAUGGUGUUGUAUAUCAGCGCACUUUUCCUGGCUGCCAGUUGAUCGACUGGCUCCUUCAGAACGGAGAGGCAGAGAGCCGGCGUCGGGGACUGGAGCUGUGCCGCACAUUGCAGGAGCAUGGCAUCAUUCAGCACGUGGCAAAGAAGCAUGACUUCUUUGACAGUGGACUGCUGUAUCAGUUCUGCAUCAAUUUUCGCCGCAGACGCCGUCUAUCUGAACUGUUAGAUGAAAGUGAACAAGACAACGAAGCUGUGGCGGUGUCGACUCAACAGGACAACCAUCCUGACAGUCCAUUUGUUCUGCACAAAAGCUUACCUCAGGAGGGCAGCAGUGCUUUCCAGUCUGUGGGGUCAAGUAAAGAUCUGAAACAAGUUGCCAGUGGGCGUCGAGGCAGCUUAAAUUCCCUUCAGCCUCACUCUGCGGGAUUUCCACCUUUUGUCCAGCUAUCUUCAACUUCGGUUAGAUGUAAUCCUAAAUCAGUACUAAGAAGACAUUUUACAUGUGACGAGUUAUUGGCCCCUGGUGCUCCUUUCAUGAAGAAAGUGUUGACGGUGAUAGGAGAUGCCCUGGCCUGGGGCUUUGUUGUCAGAGGCAUGGCUCCCUGUUAUGUGCAGGCGGUUGACCCUGGAAGCCCUGCAGCAGCUGCUGGAGUUAAGGUGCGGCAGUUUGUGUGCCAGGUGAAUGGACAGUGUGUUCUCAACCUGGACUACAGGACAGUCACCAGGCUGGUAAUGACUGGGCCUCUCACUGUGGUACUGGAAGUUAUGGAACCACUGGAAUGA